AUGGUCAAACUCGAGGAAGUCUCUGCUGAGCAAUUUGAAGAACAGGUGUUGAGCGAUGACGGUGAUGACAACUACUCUGACUUUUCGGACGACGACUUUGACGAUGACGACGAUGAAUCACUCUUGGAUCGCCUUGCCGCUCUCAAAGAGAUCAUUCCCUUGAAGCACCGUAACAGAAUCGCCGCCAGCGCGUCCACUCUUACCUCUUGGGGUAAAACGGGUGCUACUUUUGUUGGAAAGAGCGCAUGGGUUGUCACUACAUCGAUGCUUUUGUUGGUGUUGCCUUUGGCACUUGAGAUUGAAAAGGAGCAAGCAUUGCUCGCUUAUGAAAAGGAAGCCAUGCAACAACAGGGUGCUCAACAGAUGUUGACAUCGGGGGGCCCUAUUGCCGGUCAACCUCAACAGCCUGGUCAACCCCAGCAGCAACAACAAGGUGUCGCUCCUCCUGGCUUCCAGUAA